AUGACUUCUCCAUUUGUUUUAGUGAAGAUUCUAAAACUAUACCAAAAGGAAUAUUAUGAUGAAUACGUUUUACCUUUAUUACGUAAGCCAAAAAUAACAUUUGAUAUCAAACUUGAUGACUCGUUUUUGAUAACAGAUAUUAGACGCAAGGCUGAAAAUCAUCAGUAUAAAAACAGUUCUGAAGUAAUUGAGGAUUUAUCACGUGUAAUCCGUUUUGUAGAUUGUGGAAAUAAAUAUUUCAUUCAAAAGGACUAUAAUAUCCACGACAAAAUGAAUCAAAUAUCAUUCGUUCUUCAAUCAAACAUGAAAGAGUCACUCAAAAUGAUUAAAUUAUUUAAAGAAGAAGGUAAAACCAUAACAGCAUGGGAUGUACUACUAAAUCAAUUAUCCUCAUUAACCGUUAAGGGUGUUUGCUUUAAAUCUGAUUCCCCAGAUGUUUUCUCAACGUUUCAAGGUUAUAAAUACAACGUUCUCGAAAAACCAGAUUACUCAAAAAUUGAGAUGUUAAUGAAUUUCAUUAAAGAAGCCAUUUGUGAUAAUAACGAUGAAGUGUAUAAAUACCUUCUCGGCUGGAUUGCAUCAAUGAUUCAACAUCCUGGAAUCAAGAAUGAAACAGCAAUUAUUUUGAAAGGACUUCAGGGAACAGGUAAAAACAGAUUUACAGACAUUAUUUCUGAACUCCUCGCUGGUUAUUCAUGUAAAAACAUUACCGAAAUAAGUGAGCUAACGGGUAAUUUCAAUUCAGUAGUUGAAAAUAAAAUGCUUCUUAUACUUAAUGAACUCAAGAAUGUGGGUGAAGAUAGACUCGCAAACUUCAACGCUUUGAAAUCAAUUAUUACGGAUAAUGAGAUUAGAAUUAAUGAAAAGAAUCAACCCAGAAGAACAGCACAGAACGUUGCAAACUUCAUUUUCGUAACUAACAACGUUUACCCUGUCAAAAUUGAAGUUGGAGACAGAAGAUAC